GUGAAAAUCGAUAAAUAUGGGUAAAAAACCGAAUAUAUGUCACAAGGGCAAAUCAAAAUGCAAAUAAAUUAAUUAAACCAGUCGGGACCAAUGGGAGACGCGUAUCGAUGACAGAGAGAAUGGUGGGGAUCAGCUGACUGACGAAAAUCCAAACAAGUUACGGACAUCUUUGAUUGUGUUUUUCAGCGGCUUUUUCACGGAAAUUCUCGAUUAAUUUUCGAAUUAUGACAGAAAACUAGUCGGGAAGCGGUUCGCUUUUUAAUUUUCCUUUUUGGUUCGCGUUUUUCGGACCUGCGGUACCCGAAAAAAUUGUUAUUUUCUAACCAGUGACGUCAUGUGAUUGCGUUUGUGCUACAAUUUUAAUGGGAGAUUUGGCAACAUCACGGGAUAAACAUCACCAUAAGAGCGCCAGUGCAAAUGUGAAGUAAAAAAAGAAAAAACGAUGAAUUGGGUCCAAAACAGUUUCAUGAAGCCCCAUAGGAGUGCCACGGAUUUUUUCAUGGGGAGUUCGACGUUGGGGUUUAUAGAGCCGCCAAAAAACGCCACCACUAUGGAAACCAAUCAGAUGUCGGCCAUUAACGAGAAAAAAAUCGGAGAGGUGUGGUCUAAACACAAUUUUGAUAAAACCAGUGUGAAAGAAGAGGCUGCCAUAUUGGGGAGCGUGAAAACGUGGGGGGCGAGCAGCGGGGAGGACGACACGUCCGAUAAAGUAGACGUGGUCGAAGAGGAAGAUGAAGAAGUCAAGAAUGAUGGGGAAAUGAACUGUUUUAAUGAAUCUAGGAAACUUUUAGAUGCUGAAGAUGAUCAUUCUCGACCUGGCACAGAGCACUUGACAACCGAGGAAACGUCACCGUCGCACCACGCCAGGCGUCCCCCCAACGCCUUUUUGAUAUUUUGCAAGAAACAUCGGCCUAUAGUGAGGCAACGGUUCCCUACGACCGAGAACAGGGGCGUAACGAAGAUCUUGGGCGAAUGGUGGGCCCUCUUGUUGCCCACCGAGAAACAACCAUAUAACGAUUUAGCCAAAGAGUAUAAAGACGCCUUCCUCUCGGCCAACCCGGACUUCCGCUGGUACAAACUUCCCGCACCACCGCUCCGUACGUUAACCACGCGUCCCAUCAUGGUACCGAAACCGGCCGUCUGCACCGCCGUUUCCAACGCGCCCCCGCCCACCCUGUUAUCGGAAUUCACCCCCGGCAAAUUGGCGGAUGAAUCUCAGCUGGGCGGAUUAACUUCGCUGAUGAAUAACAAUUACAGUGGACCGAGGAAGAUCGACGAGGAGGAGGAGGAGGAGGAGGGUCUUUGUUGUAAGAUGGAAGACAACAACAACGAGGAUCCGGAGCUGUACCAUCGGACUGAGCAGAUGCAAGAAAAAAUCAAGGAAAUAUUCUCGAGUCCCACCUGCUUAUCGAAACCGUCCGCCGUACCCCCGAAACCGAUAAAAAAGCGAAUAUUCGAGCAGUACGUCGACGAGAAAAACUGCUCGAAGAACAUUUUCGAGGAGAAAAAUGACGACUCGAAUUUGACGCAACAGGAUCUGCUCAAUCGGGUCGUGGACGGGAUCUUCGCACACGAUAAAGAUGAACCGAAAGAGCAACGUAAGGCUGACCGUAUGUGCAAAGGGAAACGUUACGAACGGUUCAUGGUCGAGGGAAAACUGUUGGGGAACAAACGGGACACGAAACUGACUCAGCAUCACAGAUCGACGGGCAGAAUCGAUUCGCAUAUUUCGCACUCCGAGUUGGGUUUGGGGAAGUUCAACUUGGAAAAUACUAUCAAGAGGCUCGCGGAACGGACCAACGUUAAAAUCGAUUACGAUGAAGAGUUAAAACCUAAGGCCGAACGAGUGCGUACCACAUCGGAAACGUCGGAUCCGGGCCGCGCGUGCACCAAAUCGCCACAAACCUCAAACUUCAACCUCGACCUGAGGAUCGACAACCUGGACAGUCUCUGCUACGACGACUUCGUGCGACGCAAGCGCGAAAGCAAAAAGCGAAAAUUGAAAAUCCGUUCGGAGGGCGGGCACUUUAAUAAGUCGCAGCAAAGAGUAACGGCAGAAAACCACCACCACAAUUUGACGUUAAAACACGAGAUGGUUCAUCAGCCAGUGGGCUCGAAAAAGCGCAAAAACAAGUCGAGCAUCAUGCAUUUGAAUAAAGCGGAUGAGAUGGAACAGGAGAAGAUCGAGGUGGAGGUUUUAACCCCGGGAGGCGAUAACGCGCUCUUGGGUUUGGCUACUUUGGCCAUGGUGGCCGCCAGUACUGAGAAGAUCGGCGAGCAUAUUGAGACGUAGGGUGAGAUCAAUCGUUUGUUUUGUUAAUUUUAUUAUAGAUUUUUUUUAAGGAGUCUUAUUGUUACGUUAUCAUUUUUUACUUUAUAUUAUGGUGCGGUCCCUGGAUGUGCGAAUCUCUUUUAACCUGAUGAAAUUUCUCUACAAUUCAAAUUCGACUCUCGACAUGGGGAUCUUGGAAUCUAUAAGAGAUACGAAGAUGGUUAAAUUAAGACAAAGUUGAGAAUCUUUGAGCUUAACAAUAUGCAUUUCAUCAGUCAUCGUUCAUCACUGCCCCUUCUAAAAAUAUUUAUAUUUGCUUAAAUAUUGUGCAAUAACGAUUUUUCCCUAUUUGACUUUUCUGGACUAGAUUCUGAACUGGCCAGCUUUUCGGCAUCACAACAAAGGCAAAUUAUUAAAUUAUUGAGUUUAGGGAAAUUUCAAAAGUAAUUUAAUCAAAUUUCAAAAGCAAUUUAGGUCAAAAACUUUUAGUAUUAAAAAAUAGAUCUUACCAUAUGUUUCAAUACAGGUCCUGGCAAUCAAUCUAAUAACAGGUAACAACAAGCGUCAAUCACAAAUCUGGUAAAAAGAGAUUCACAGCAUUUCUCUUGCUUCCAACUGUUUCAUCCAGGGUCGCACUGUAUAAAUCUAAGCGAUGUUAUCAUGUUCUUUUCACCCCUUAGUCUUUUUUUAAAUUAUUUGUUUAAAUAUUUUUAAGCGUUAAUAUUUUUAUAUAACGAUUGUUUUGUUUUAUUGUUAUUAUCGAGCCUUAUUUUAAUUUGUAAUCGUAUUUUAAGGGUAGCCUUUUACUGAGAAACCGGUCGGACCAAAUAUUAUAUAAAUAUAAUAUUUACACCAAAUCGCGAGCAAUAAUAACUAAAAGUGUUUUUUAUUUUAUUUUUUUGUUAAUUUGGUAUCUCGUCGUUUGUUGACUGUAGUCGUGCCUCAAAUGUUCCAGAAAUUUACUUUUGGCCAUUUUUAUCGUUUAAUUUAAACAGACACAAUUAUUUUAUAUUUAGAAGGUUUCAAUCUAUUUGUGGCAGAAAAUAUUUGGCAUUUUAGCCCUAUUAAUGA